ACAUCUCACUUCCUCACUUCACAUCUCAACUCUCUCUUACUCAUACAUACACCAACUCUCUUCUUAAUUUGCUGCAAAAUGAAGCUAAGUUUUCCUGGAAUUACUCUAUUCUUCCUCAUCUCUUUAGUCCGCUAUCUUCCUUCUUUAGUGUCAUCACAAACUUGCCAGAGAAGCUGUGGCAAAACACCAAUCAAGUAUCCAUUUGGCUCUGGCCCUGACUGUGGUGACCCACGUUUCCAACAAUUCCUAACUUGCAAUGAUCAAAAACUCACCUUGACCACACACACCGGCUGCUACCCCAUCACCGAUAUAGACUACACGAAUCAAGUCAUAUACUUAACCGAUCCUUCCAUGUCAACUUGUGCUUGUACACAACCAAGUAAAGGCUUUGGCCUUGACUGGAACGCUCCCUUCAGUUUCCAUGAUGAUAAUGUCUUUACUCUACUUGACUGUUCAAUCACUUCCUCACCAAUCUACAGAUCAAACACAUACAAUGGUGAUAACAGCACGGCAGCAGUCCCUUUAUGUGACAAAAAAGGGGCAGCCAUUUGCAGUUAUUUGUAUUCUUGUAGAGCAAUUAGCACGCUCAACCUCCCUAUCUCUACAUGUUGUGUUUAUGCACCGGUUGAUCUUGGGCCUUCAUUUGACAUGGAUUUGCAGAAGUUGCACUGCUCUUCGUAUUCUGGGUUCUAUAGCUUCAGCGGGCAGGAAUUUAACCCUGAAAAUUGGAAGUACGGGAUAGCACUUAAAUAUAAAUUUAAUGUGUAUAACGACUAUCCAGGCACUUGUGCCAACUGCGAGAAGAGUAAUGGAGCUUGCGGAUAUGGUGGAGACUACAAUUCAUUUAUCUGCAAUUGUCCCGGUGGAGUGAACACCACAACAGAUUGUUUCUUUGAAGCGUCUUUCAGUAAUGCUCAUAGGCUUCUCCCAUGGAAGACAGGGACUUGGUUGACUUGUACCUUGGCAUGGAUUCUGGUUUGGGUCAUGUUGUAGAAAGUAAUUUGUUAAAGAGAUGAAAGGUAAUUAAAUGCUGAAGUAAUUGUGUCUCUUUUGUUUCUUUUGUAAGUUUUAUGAUGCAGUAUCUGAAGGGCUGACAUACACAUUGUUCAGUCUUAAAUUGAGAGGUAUAGAAUCAAAGAACAAACCACUUGGUGAUGGAAAUUUUCUUGCAUCAUACUUGGGCUGUAAACUUGUUGAAGAUUAUGUAUCAAAAGCAUCAAAUAUGCCUGAUCCAGGUUAUAGAAAUACGAUUCUGGAACCUGCCAGGGGAAUUGAUAAUACUAGAAUGAUAAUGGAAUAAGGUUCCUUAUUUUUAUCUUAAAGGUUCUUUCUUUAUUGCUACUUUCCUUUGAAGCUCUAGAAAGUGACAUAUACAUAAACGCUUUAUGCCCACUGUUUUUUGCUCUUAUCUUCGGGUAUCCCACUUUUAUGCAAGCUAGAUAACCAUUUUAUCUAGGAAUCAGAUUACUUGUACUCAUGUAAUGA